CAACCUAUUCACAUCACAUAUCUAUCUGUAUCACUACUACUGUGAACAAAAAAAAAGGUUUCAAUUAUUCAUACCUUUUCUAUUCUCUCACACCUAAACAUUCCAACUUUAUAUCUCUCUCACUUGAUACCCCAUAUCCAAAAAAAAACUAAAACUUUUCCAUGAGAUGAGAAAAUCACAUUUGCUAAAACUGUUACUUGCGAUAUCUCUACCGAUAACAUUCUUGAUCAUAAUAGCCAUCACCAUAAUCUUCAUCUUCUGCAGAAGAAGAACAGAAACAGAGACCAAUGAAGCUCAACACGACGUAGAAUCUCCUUACGAAAAACAAGACUUUUCAGACGACGUUAGUUCGGAAACAGAGGAGGAGGAGCUUUCCAUCUUCCACGGUGGAGAAGAUCUCACUAUCUGCGACAUCCUCGACGCUCCAGGAGAAGUCAUCGGGAAAUCAAGCUACGGAACAUUAUACAAAGCGACGUUGCAGAGAAGUGGGAAAGUUAGGGUUCUUAGGUUCCUUCGACCUUUGUGUGCAGUGAGAUCAGACUCUAAGGAGUUUAAUGACGUCGUCGAGUUGUUAGGAUUCGUCCGACAUGAUAAUUUGGUUCCUACGUUAGGAUUCUACGUUGGGGAUAGAGGAGAGAAGCUUAUGAUUCAUCCUUUCUUCGGUUCAGGGAAUCUUUCAGAGUUCAUCAAAUUUUUGGCAGGUGGAGAUAUAGACGCACACAGAUGGAGCAAUAUUUUGAGCAUAACCAUUGGAAUAGCUAGAGGACUUGAUCUUCUCCACACUGGGAUGAUUGUUCACGGAAACCUCAAGUCAAAAAACGUUCUUUUGGAACGGGGUUUUAAGCCUAGAGUCUCUGAUUUCGGCUUGCAUUUGCUCUUGAACUUUUCGGCUGGGCAAGAGAUUCUAGAGGCUUCAGCUGCAGAAGGAUACAAAGCGCCUGAGUUGAUCAAGAUGAAGGAAGCAAGCAAGGAGAGUGAUGUGUAUAGUUUUGGUGUGAUCAUGCUUGAGUUAGUCUCUGGUAAAGAGCCGAUAAACAAGAAUCCAACGUGUUCUGUUCUUGAUCAUAAUAGGUUGUUGUCUGAUUUGUACCGUCCUGAUAUUCUUAGGAGAUGUGUGAAAGAUGGAAAUGGUGUGACCGAAGAAUGUGUUCAUGAGUACUUUCAGCUUGCAGUGUCUUGUUGCUCUCGAUCACCUUCUCUUAGGCCGAGCUUUAAACAAGUAUUGAGGAAACUUGAAGAGAUCAGGAAAUGAUGCCAAGCCAACUCACUAAUUUGUAGAACAGACAUAACGAGAGAAAGUUUGAAUCUUUCAAGCAGUCAGAUACAUUUUUGCGUAGAUCGGAUUAUACAUGGGAGAGUCUUCACAGGGAUGAUACAAUACAUAUACACAAGUUCUAGCUUGUGGAUGUCUACAGAGAAGUAGUUGUAACUGAAGAUGGAUCGAAGCUUUGCUUAGGCAGGACUUCAUGAUUGGAGAAUACCUGAGAGAAUAGCCAAUUAGCCAACAAGAGACUCGAAGACUCUCAAAAGGCCUCUAUUAAUCAUAUAGAACAUCAUCUUCUUGAAUGUAUAUAUUGUCCUUCAAGUCGUAUAUUAUAGCCUUCUCGGUUUGUGCAGCAAGAUAGAUGAUACCUGAAAUAUCCAUGACUCUCUCUCGCUCUCUCUGGUUCUUGCUCUUGAAGGAGAUCUUUGCGGUUUUAAGCAAAGUAUCAUGAACUAAUCUUGUGUAUGUUAUAACCACAGAUUCAACAUUUUUUACCCUGUA